AUGUUCGUCGUUCAUCGCGACUAUCGUUAUGGCUACGACGUGUUACACAUAGGGGAACCCCCUUCUAACUGUGUUUGCUGUUUGACUUUUGUAUUCGGUACAUGCACACACAUUCUGAAAUCGUGGAUUGGUCGACAGCGAGAGAAAGUCGGCUGUCACGUCUCGUUCCCUCUGAUCCUGGAUCUGUCCAAUUACAUGUUGACGAGCACGAACCAGUCCGAAUGUACUAGAUCGCAUACACACGCGGCAUCCUAUCACGUGGAUGGUGUGGUUAAUCAGCCUGGUUCUCAAACCACCAGCCUAUCCGGAACCGAGUCUGCGCUCGUGUCCGCUAAUCCACCUGAUGACGAUUCCAAGCCGAAUCAUUCAAUGCCACGACGAUUCCUCUAUCAUCUGACCGGUGUGAUCGUCCAUCAUGGUCGAGGAUUCCAGUCCGGACAUUAUACAGCCUAUUGUCUAAACGAUCAACCAGAAUGUUGGCUCAAUUGUAAUGAUGCUAAUGUCACUCUCUGCGACUUCAGUGAGGUGGCCGCAGCCCAGGCGUAUUUGCUGUUCUAUUCCGAACUGAUGCCCACUACCCCGUUCCCACCCUGGUUCAAUGGUCCACCACACGAUGGGGUUUUGAAACGCUGUCAGUCCAAUCAAUCUCUGGGUCGUUCAUCCCAAGACUCUGUGGCGUCCACUUCCGGAACAAUCACACAAUCUGGAUCGAACGAAUUGAAAACUUCCAGCGGUAUAAAACGUGCUGUUUCCACACCGUCACACUCACUUCAGUUGCGCAGUGCACAGUCCAAACGAUCUACAGUCCAGCACAUCACGACUGCAAUCAGUGAACCCGUGCCACAGACGGUUGGAAUUGCUGCUACUUCCGAGACAGUUGGGGGUCUCGGUAGAUCCCGAAGUAGUUCACGGCGGUCUGCCACACCGGAUGUUCCACUGUAA